UGAGCUUCCAAGCUCUCUCGUUAUGUCACUAUGCGUAGGGCUCCAGCGCUCCCUUGCCUUGGCUAUGGCCUGUGUACAGUCGGUGUGUAGUCGACGCUAGUCAUCCGACUCGUAACUGUUACUCCAGGCAUUUUCGCUGAAUGAAAGACUAUUGCAUAAUUAUUAUUGAUUGUACUUCGCUUUUACUAGUUUUAGCCAGCGCUAGCGGUUGCCGUUGGUGGAAGUCAGUUUGAUCCCUUCAGCUAUUUCGGCAGUUGUUUGUUGUCUGCAAAAUAAGCGUAUCCAGUGGACUAGGCUGCAGCCGGUGUGGGUCCAUUAUGACGUGAAUGACGUUCCAUAGGGUAUUGGAAAUACAUGUGACACUGUUGACAGCCAAACCAUGUGGUCGUGAAUAUCAUUGUCUGCCUCUCGAUCUAGGGGCGACUACUCGAAGCGACAGGCUGCCCGAAGUUGGGAAGUAAUAAAGUGAUCAUUGGAAAGGUGAUGCGACUGCAUGCUGUUCAGUGUUUGUCUGGAGAAUAUCUAGUCCACGGUAGUCCACGGCAGGAUGAUGAAUAGGUCUGGUCACAGUGGUUUGAACCAUAGCUAUAUGUGCACGUCUGAGAAUGACAAUGAUUUAACCAGCAGUGUGCGUCGCCACAUGCCGUCUUCUCUCGAGCAGUACCACGAGGAGCACGGCGCACAACGCUCCGCACUUCGGAGAUCCAUCAGCAAGCAAAACGAGUACGGCCUGCGGCGACCGGAAUGGCCUGUCGUGUCCGCUGCAGCGGCGUUCGUUUCCGGUGCACUCGUCCUAUUGGGCGCAGGCAGCAACACGAAUACAUUGUACAUUGAGCUGCGGAUGCUGCGCGGAACGUUUCUUCUCCUUCUGAUGCUCUUCCUGAUCAUUGGCAAUAUGUAUGUGUGGCGAAAAACACGCAUUGACUAUGCACGCAUACUGAGCCUUGAUCAAGUACCGUCAGUUUGCUGUACGUCGCAACCCGCAGAAUCGGUCGCUGAUCGUGACGAUGAAGAGCCCGACGAAAGCGCCACCACGUCGUUCAGCAAGCUAGCAUGUGUAUUCUCCAGCCUGUGGAUCAUCUCUGUUCUGAUCGUUGUCUAUGUGUGGGAGCUACGCGGCCCUGUUUCCGUCAGCCGACACGCGCCGUUCUCUCUAUGGCUUGUGAUCGUGCUCUGCUUAGUGCUACCAGCUCCUGUUCUCUAUCAUCAAAGCCGUCGAUGGAUGUGCUACCGGCUGUGGUGCAUGAUAGCUGCCCCGCUCUAUCCCGUUCGAUUCGUGGACACCUGGAUAGCUGAUCAGCUGACCAGCUUGCCGCUAGUACUGCUUGACUUUGAGUACACAACUUGCGUGAUUGUCAAGGUUCAAUGGCUGGGAAGUUAUCUGGAUAACCAUGGCAUCUGCAUGAGUCCCACGAUUGGAAUACGACAGGCACUCAACAUCUUACCGUCGUGGUUUCGUUUUGCCCAAUGCUGUCGAGUCUACUAUGAUACGCGGAACGUGUCGAACCUGAUCAACGCCGGAAAGUAUUUCUCUAUUCUGCCCAUGGUUGUGGCUGCAUCGUUUGUGGCGGAAAAGCAAGAGCUGCAGAAGAACUAUUACUCGACGACGGUGUUCUACGUCUGGUUGUGCUUUGCACUGAUUCACGCCAUCUACGUGUUCUCGUGGGAUGUGAUCAUGGACUGGGGACUGUUCCGUCACCAGAACACCAACCCUGGACUGAGGUCAUGCCUGCUUUACCGUCGCAGGUGGCUGUACUACACUGCCAUAGCUCUGGAUGCAGUUUUGCGCUUUGCAUGGACACUCAAGAUGUCGCUGAGCGUGUCCAUUUGGUUCGGUUCAGACCGGCUUUUACUGCUGCUUGCCGUCGGAGAGGUGCUCCGGCGCUUCAUGUGGAAUUUCUUCCGUGUGGAGCAUGAGCAAGUGCGUCAUUACGAGGACCUGAGUAGUUCAUACGAGAACUAUGAGACUGUCGCUGGUGUGAACUGCCCGGAGCACGAGUCAAUCUAUAAGUCGGAUGAGUCCGGUGGCGAUUCGACUGAGGGUGCCUUUUCUUGAGUGGCCAUGCCGCUGCGGUCAAUAUGUAACACGGGAUGACUGCAUACCUUGAUUUAUAGACGUGCUGGUUGUUUUAGGUUGUAUCCGCUGUUUUUAUACUUAGUCUCAUCUCCUGGCAUGCUGUUUUUAAAUUAAAUAAUUAUGAGUUUCCCCAAAUUACUUGUAUGUUUCAAACUGUCGUAUUGCUUUCAUUUCUAAACUUGAUAGCCUGAGCCGUUGAGAUCCCGCCAUAUCCCAGUGUCUGAUAUUUAUUCGUUCUGAAACUAUUCCGGCGUUGUCUUCUGGUCUGCGGGGAAGGUCGGUUGUUGGCAUGCUCUUUGUCAUGUGACCUUGCCGCAUGAUUUGUAGUAAAUGUUGUACAUGACUGAAGUAUAUCUAACUGACUUUGUUUGCGGCGCCGAAAGCGUAU